UGUCAUCAUCAUUGUUGUUCGAAGAAGAAUAAUUCAAAUCAAAAUCAAAAUCAAAAUGUUAAAAGUUUAUUGUUUUGGUAAUACAGAAAAUGGUGAACUUGGUCUUGGUGCUAUUGAAGAUGAACAUAUUUUAAUACCAAGAAAACAACGUUUACCAUUUGAUCGUCGUAAAUAUUCAUUAAUACAAUUAAGUUCUGGUCGUAAUCAUACAUUAUUAUUGUUAAAAAAUAUACAAUUAGAUCAAAAUGUUGUAUUUAGUUGUGGUUCAAAUGAUCGUCUGCAAUUAGGUCGUAAUGGUUCACGUAAAAAAUUAGAACAAAUUGAUGGCCUACAACAUCAUAAUAUUGUUAAAAUAUCUUGUGGUUCAAAUCAUUGUCUUGUAUUAUCUGAAGCUGGUCAAUUAUUUUCAUGGGGUUGUAAUCUUUUUGGUCAAUUAGGUUUAGGUAAUCGUGAAGAAUAUGAAAUUUCUAAACCAUCAUUGAUUAAAAAAUUAGCACCAAAACAAAUCAUACAGAUUAGUUGUGGUGGUAAUCAUUGUCUUGCAUUGGCUAAAAAUGGUGAAGUUUAUUCAUGGGGAUCGAAUGCAUUUGGUCAACUUGGUCUUGGUAAUUCGGGUUAUUGUCUUAGUACACCAAUGUUAUUGGUAUCAUUACAAUGGACACCUGUACGACAGAUUGCUGCUGGUGGUUCACAUUCGGCAAUAUUAUCCUGUACUGGUGCCAUUUAUGUAUGGGGUAAAAAUGAAUUUGGUCAAUUAGGUUUAAGUGAUUGUGAAAAUCGUUGUCUUCCAACAUUACAAAAAUCACUUCGUAAUCAAAAAAUUGCCUACAUUAAUUUGGGUGAUGAACAUUCGGCUGCAUUAACCUAUGAAGGUGGUUUGUUUACAUGGGGUGCCGGAAUGUAUGGACAAUUAGGACAUGGUCGUAAUACGAAUGAAGUUUUACCAAGAAAAGUUUUCGAAUUGAUGGGUGUAAAAAUUGUUCAAGUUUCUUGUGGUCGUUGUCAUACAUUAGUAGUUAGUAAACAAGGACGUGUAUAUUCAUUCGGUUUAAAUGGAUCCGGUCAAUUAGGUAUCGGUAAUACAUGUUCAAAAUAUUUACCCAUAUCGAUUCGUGGACCUUGGAGUGAAUUGGCUACUAAAGAUAUUAUUGUUCGUGAUAAUCAUCGUUCAUUAUUAUUGGUCGAUGAUUCUAUGGAACAAAAUCGAUCAGAAUUUGGUCGAACAACAACAACAACAACGACGAAUGAACAAACAGCAAAUGGUUCAUCAUCAAACAUUCACCAAGCAUCUGAUUCAAUGAUGGAAGUAAAUGAAAUGGAAAUAAUAAGUGAAGAUUGUGAAGAAGAAAAUAUUGAUAAUCAAGAUAAUGAUGGUGAUUUUAUUAUUGAAGAACCAGAAGAUGAUCGUUUUGAUGAUAAUAAACAACAACAACAAAAUCAACCAUUAUCACAGGCAAAAUUUGUAUGUGCAAAUGAUACUGUAUUUGAUGAAUCAAAUUUAUCAUUACAGAUUGAUGAAUAUGAAAGUGAUCCAGAUUCGGAUCAAGAAGAAGGACCGAAUCGUUUACAAUAUAUUUGUAAAGAAAUUAUUGCCGGUAAAGGUGAUCAUAGUUUUGUUAUUGCACAACCAUAUAUGGAAAAAAUUUUACCAAAAGAUUUAAGACAAUCAAAUUGUGAUGAUGAAAUUGUUCGAAUGAAUAAUCAAAUAUUUGAACAAUUUUCAAUGAUUUCAAAUGAAUUAUCAAUACCAUUAGAUAUUAUUGAUUAUAUUGAAACAAUAUUUACAUCAAUACCGGCAAUCAAUGCAAGUUUUCUUUGUUCAUCAACUAUUGAAACCACCAACAAUAAUGAUGAUGAUGAUCAGAAAAAUAAUCCGAAAAAGAAUAAUGAACGAAUUAAAUUACAAAAAUUUAAACAACAAGAAAAUAUUGAAUUCGAUGAAUUGAUUAAUUUUCAUGAUGGUUUAAUUAAUUGGCAACAAGCAUUUCAUUGGUUUAAUAUGAUUGAAGAUGCACAAAAUGAACGUAUCAAUGAAUUAAUUUAUCAAUUUCUAAUGAAAAUGAUACCAAAUUUACCCGAUUUAUCUAAUAUGUAUAAACGUUUUGCAGUUAAAGAUGUUGAAAAAUUUAAAAAAGAUUUUCCCGAUUCGAUUGAUGAAGAAGUAAUGCGUAUUUAUCAAAUAAUACCAUUAUUUCAUAUGUUUCAUAUGCCAUCAUAUUGUGAACGAUCACAAUUAUUAAUAACAUCAUAUGCAAGAUCAUUGAAUACAUUAUCUGAACGUGGUAUUGAUUGUAUGAAAAUAUGGUGGUAUCAUAUGAAUUCAAGAUUUUUUAAAAAUCUUGUUGAAAUUUUAAAAAAUAGUAUAAAAUUAAAUCUUUAUGAACAAUAUUUAAAUGUUAUAAAACAAGAUGAUAAUAAUGAUGAUGCAAAUUUACGUUUUGAAUAUAAUAUUGAACGACAAUCAGGUUUUGGACGAUCAAUUCCAGCUGCUACAAGUUCGGAUAAUAUCGGUAGUUCGGUACCAAAAUUUCCUAUAUCACAUCAUAUUCAUUAUAAUUUAGCUACAUGUCUUGGUGCAUUAAAACGUUUAUAUUUGGUCAAUAAAUUUAAUGGUAAAAUUUCGUAUAAAGAAUUCUAUAUUAAAGGUAUAAACGAUUGGUUUGAUUUGAAAUAUGAUUAUACACUUUGGAAAUAUAAUCGUAAAACAAAACCAAAUAUAUUUUUUCUUUGUAAUUUUCCAUUCAUUUUUGAUCCACCGGCUAAAACAAUAAUAUUGAGUGCUGAUUCUGAAAUUCAACAAAAUUCUGCAGCACAUCUGUCCAUACGAAAACAGAUACUCAUGUCAAGACCGGAUCCUGAUGGUACUAUUGCAGUAAAUCCUUAUAUCGAAAUCAAUGUUCGUCGUGAUAAUAUUGUUGAAGAUACUAUACAUCAACUUUGUUUGUUUAGUAAUUUUCAAGAAGCUGAACUGAAAAAACCAUUUCGUGUUUAUUUUUGUGGUGAAGAAGCUGUCGAUGCUGGUCGUGGAAUGAAAAAAGAAUUUUUCCUGUUAGUCAUGAAAGAAAUGCUUGAUCAAAAAUAUGGAAUGUUUGUUGAAUAUAAAGAAACAAAUACUAUUUGGUUUAGUCAUAUUUUGGCUGAUGAUGAUGAUGUUAUGUAUCGAUUAGUUGGUACACUUUGUGGUUUAGCUAUCUAUAAUCAGGUUAUAAUCGAUUUGCCUUUUCCAUUAAUAUUAUAUAAAAAAAUUCUUAAUGAAAAUCUUGAACUGGAUGAUCUUGUUUAUUUGGAUCCAAUUUUAACCAAAAAUCUUAAAGAAAUUCUUUCUUCCACUUAUGAACCAGAUGAAUUUAAUGCUAUAUUUGGUGAAAUGACAUUUGUCAUUACAUUAUCUGCAUUUGGUUCAAAUGUUGAAUAUGAACUUUGUCCAGAUGGUAAAAAUCGACAAUUAACAUAUAAAAAUCGUGAAGAAUAUGUUGAAUUAUAUUGGAAAUAUUUAUUAAUCGAUUCGGUUAAAAAACAAUUUGAUGCAUUCUAUAAUGGUUUUAUGAAAGUUUUAGAUAAAGAUGUUUUGCAAAUAUUUCAAGCUGAAGAAUUAAUGCAAUUAGUUGAAGGUGAAGAUAUGAUCGAUUGGAAUGAAUUAGAACGUGCAACACGUUAUAAAGAACCAUUUGAUAGUAAUCAUCCAACUAUACGAUUAUUUUGGAAAGUUUUUGGUUCAUUUUCUGAAGAAGAAAAACGAAAAUUUUUAAAAUUUUUAACCGGUUCUGAACGUAUACCGAUCACUGGUGUUAAAUCAAUGGAUAUACAAAUUCAAUCAAUGAAUGUAUCUGAAGAUCAUUUACCAGUAGCACAUACAUGUGUACAUAUAUUGGAUCUUCCAUUGAAUUAUAAUUCAGAAAAUCGUGAAGAAAUAAUGAGAAAAAAAUUAUUAAAAGCUUGUGAUUAUUGUAUUGAAUUUGCCUUGAUAUGAUCUUUAUCAGAAAAAAUAUUUAUUUUC